UUGGUCCCUGAGUUGAAAGGCUGGCGUCGCGGCGGCAGAGAAAGCGCGGGCUUCUCAGUCUCUGCUCUCUUCCCGCUCAGACGACUGCGGCUGCUCUCCUCCUUCGCCAUGCCUUGCUCCCAAGCGGACCCGGCCUCGUCCCCCAACAAGAGGCCCAAGCCUUCCAGCGCAGAGAAGGAGGAGGAGGACCCCAGCGCCAGGCUCCGCUUCGCCAAGCUCUCGGAGAACGCCGUGGCUCCUUCCAAAGGCUCCUCUCGGGCGGCGGGCUAUGACUUGUACAGCGCCUAUGACUAUGAGAUCGCUGCUUCGGGAAAGGCUGUAGUGAAAACAGAUAUCCAGAUUGCUCUUCCCGCUGGAUGCUAUGGUCGAGUGGCUCCUCGGUCUGGAUUAGCUGCAAACCAUUUCAUCGAUGUUGGGGCUGGUGUAAUUGAUGAAGAUUACAGAGGGAACGUUGGUGUUGUACUAUUUAACUUUGGAAAGGAACCCUUUAAAGUUAAAAGGGGAGACAGGAUUGCCCAGUUAAUCUGUGAACGCAUCUACUAUCCUGAACUUGAAGAAGUCCAGACUUUGGAUGAAACAGAACGUGGCUCAGGAGGCUUUGGAUCCACUGGGCAGAAAUGACAGACCUUAACGUGUAUUAAAGAACUUCAUUAUAUUGUUUCUGUAUAAAACUUCUUUAAAUAAAUAAAGCUUUUUUUCUAGA